CCAAAUGUACAAGCCACAGAUCAUAUUUAUGCCUGGAACACCCCAUACUCAAUCCAGAAGAGACUAGACAAAUCAACUUCCUUGCCAGCACAAGUCAUUGAAUUAGGUGACAAAAUUAUGGCAAAAGGCACCGUAAAGCCAAUGAAGGAAGUUUGUGCUGCAGGCUUACUCCACUACAACCAAUUCAGAGGUUUAAUGGGCAUCAGUGAGAAUAAUCGCAUGCCAGCUUCAGAUAGACUUAUUAUUAUUGGGUUUAUUGGACACUAUGCAGGAAAAGUCUCAGGCAAAUCCAUCUCAAACUGGUUAUCUGGUUUGAGACUAUGGCAUGAGAUGAUGGGAGCUCCUUGGCCAGCAGACUCGCGCAGAAUCCGACAAGUUCAAUGUGGAGUUAACAUUGAAGGAUCAAUCCACAAACCACCUCCGUGGCACCCCAUUACC